UGACCACACCCUUUGUCGCAUUUUAAAGUGGGUAUAUAUACCAGAACGAUACCGAAAUCAUUCAGUUAAUCUUACAUUAGCACACUUAAACAUGGCUUUUAAGUUCGUAGUUCUCGCCGCUUUCGUUGCUGUUGCACAAGCUGGACACAUCGCCCAGCCUGUUGUAGCUUAUGCAUCUGCCCCCGUAGCUUAUGCUGCCCCCGUAGCUUAUGCUGCCCCCGUAGCUAAAGCUGUUGUUGCUGAGCCCUCAGCACCAGCUCAUUACGAUUACGGAUACACCGUCAGCGACCCCCACACUGGUGACCAUAAAUCUCAACACGAAUCUCGUCGUGGUGACGUAGUAGAAGGCAGCUACUCUUUGGUGGACUCUGAUGGAACAAAGAGGACCGUCGACUACACCGCUGAUCCCCACAAUGGUUUCAACGCCGUCGUCCGCAAAGAAGGAGUUCCAGUUGUUGCCAAGGUUGCUGCCCCAGUCGCCUAUGCUGCCCCAGCCCCAGUAGUCACUAAAGUAGCUGCUCCAAUCAGCUACGCUUCUGCCCCAGUUGCCUACGCCUCCAGUCCAUUGGUAUCCAACUACGCCGCUCCAUCUUACAGCUAUGCUUCCCCAGCUGCUGUUACCUACUCUGCCCCCGCUCCAGUUGUAGCCAAAUACGCAGCUGCCCCAGCCUACACCUACGCUGCACCAUCCCCAGUUGUAACCAAAUACGUGUCGGCCCCAGCGUCUAUUUCUUAUGCUGCCCCAGCUCAAGUGGUGGCUAAAUACGCUUCCGCCCCAGCCUACGCUUACGCUGCCCCCGCUCCAGUCGUCGCUAAAUACGCUGCUGCCCCAGCUUACGCUUACGCUGCUCCUUCUUACUACCACUAGGAAGUUUGACUUGAAACAAUCAUGUAAAUAGAUGCACAUUAAUUUAUUGAGGGCAAAGUCGUGAAAAAUUAAACGAACGAAAAAGACAUA